AUGAAUCCGACUUCAAUGUUUGGAACUUCUGAAGGGCUUUCAAGCAACAUCUCAAUCACGAUCAGUCACAAGCUCACCCAUACAAUGAGUCCAGCUGAUCCUUACCCUGCUCCGUCCCUCUCGGCUCCGCCUUAUGUGAUCGCAUCUGAGGCCAUGCCAAUGGCAGACCAGGCGAACGAGUCACACCAUGACCAAAUCGAAUACUUUCCAACGCUUGCUGAUCCGAACACGCCUGAGCCUAUCUUGGAAGCAGGGAGGCUAAUUGAGCCUGGAAGCGCCUCGCUAGAGCGCCAGGCAGUCGAAGAGUUUGAUGAGAAACCUAAAGUCACAGUGGCACCAAUUCAUAAACGUCCACAAAUCAAUAAUUCCGCCAGCGAGUCUGAUAACAAUACGACUUCUGAUGAUGAAUCUGAAACCGAUAUGAUCUCUGAGGACGAAUUUGAGAACAAUAUGACCCCUGACUACGAAUCUGCAACCAAUAUGACUUCCGAGGACGAAUCUGAGAACAGUAUCUCCGAAGAUGAAUCUGAUAGUUAUAUGCUUUCCGACAACCUAUCUGAUCACGCCAUGAUUAUAGACCCUCCUGAUGUGAUGGUAGACAGUGCAUUUGAUGCUGUAAGAUCGGCUCCUGGACCUCCACAAGUGGAAGUUUUCUUUGAGCAGCCAAAUGACUUUCCUGAUGUCGUGGUAGACGGUGCAUUUGAUGUUGUAAGAUCGUCUCCCGAACCUCCACAAGUCGAAGUUUUCAUUCAGCAGCCAAAUGGUUCAUAUCCAAACGCUUGUGUCUUAUGCAACUGCAAAGAGAAAAUUGAUGAGUUUAUGAAGGAUAUUAUUGAGAAUGUUGAGGGUGUGGCGCAAGGAACACUUCAUUUUCGAUUGUGUCCUUCUGUCAGCGGUUACCAAAGGCGUUGGAGUGCUUAG